UUUUUCUUCUCUCUUUCAACUCUUCUUCUCUUCCUUUUUUAUCUUUCGUUUCUCUCUCUCUCGACCAGCAACCAAGUGUCAACUUCCUGACACACAAGUCUCACCGCACGGCGUAGCUCUUUAGACUUUGAACACGCCCCUACACACACACAGGUUCAUAUUAUUAACCUGCUGCGUUACAAACGCUGGCUUUCAGUUUCAGCAACGGCAAAGGUAAUUAUGUUCUUCUUGUAAUGUGUGUUUGUAUUGCCAGUGAGAGGAUGAAAGUUAAGGGUCCCAACUGCCAUGCUGGGUUUGAGGAAAGUCAGUUGAGCUUUCACUUUUGUAAGACUCAAUAAUUUAAUGUGUGUGUGACAACAGAUGGGACGUUUAUCAGAACUGUUGAGCGUGUGACAUCCCCCUGCCGUUCUAGAAAUCACUGAUCAGUUGGUUUACAGCACAGUGUAAGUGCUUGAGUGUAGUGGAUUCGUGCACUUGUUUUAAGAUGGACAGCGUAUGAAUAUAUGCUGUUUUUAAGCGACUUUAAACAAAUGUUAAGAAAAGUGCAUUGAGCCAAAGUUAUCUGCUUUCUUUGAUGAGAAGAUUGAUGCCACUCUCGUGUCUGUGUGGUAAACAUGAAGCAACAACCAGUCAUUUAUAUAUUUCUUUACCUGCAUUGGCCUUAAUACUCCUUCAUAGUUACGCUGGUGUCUGAAAACAAUAGUGUUAACUCACUUACAUUAAAACAAUUAUAUUUUGUAUUUCUUCUGAAAUGAUGUUUAAAUAUGCAAAUGAGUCAUUAUCUAAUAGUAACUUUUGAUUAAUUUAGGAGAAAUCUACAGAUGCAAAUAGACAAAGUAGUAGAAUAAACACCUAAAUGUGUAUUUUGGAUGUUUUCCUUCCGCUAGUCUGACAGAAGACGUGUUGACCACUGCAUGGAAGAAAUAUGGGUUUUUUGUAACAUAACUGGAACCUCAUGCACUCAAAUGUUGGUAUCAUUCAUAAACGUAAACUGAUCCGGAGACACAAUGAAUAGUGUGCUGCAGCUCUUUUUUUUCGAUUUUAACACUUUGUUUAUUAGAUUUUUAAGAAACAAUAUUAACAAUACAUUUCUAUGUCUGUAUGUGAACCACCAGAAGACAUACAAUUGUGAAAAAAUCUAUAUAUAUACAACCAAUUAAAAGAUGAUAAAAUAUAUAAAAUAAAAUAAAUAAAUAUUUUUCAACAGCUACUAAUCACCAAUGUUUAAUUUUAACCCACCAAACAGUGAGCAUAGAGUACAAGGCUUCCAUCCUGCUCCUAACACAAGAGCAUAUGAAUCAUCUCUUUACGUUCCAUAAAAACACCCCGUACUUAGUUUUUUGUUUCUAAGGAUAUACUUGCACACAUUUCAAUACUGCAGCUCUUUUAGUGUGAAAUACACAUACAGGUUUCUAGGAUUUGAGGACAUUUGGGGCUUAACUCGGACCAAUGUCGCAGCUUUUUUUUAUACAUAACAAGCUCUAUUAGUUUGUUUUCUAUGCAUUCUGGCACCUUAUUAAUAUUUAAAACGAAAACAUUCCAUCGUGAAUCAACUUAUUUUCAUUGUGAGUUAGAACACCGGUGCAGUAAAUGAAGUAUCACUGCACUAUAUUAAACUGUUGUACUACAUUAUAUACAGUACACAUACCCUGUGUGCUUAUGUUUAACCCUUACCCGGCUAUUUCUCCCCAUGUUGUUCCCUUUUCCGUCACAGUUGUUCAAACAGGAAAUGUUUGCUUUCAUGGUUUUACUCAGCCACCUGUUAACUAGAACAAUAACCAAAUCAAGGCGGUAACAGCGUAUGAUCCACGAUGCCAGGAAGCUGAUCUGCUGUUGCCUUAUUGCUGAUCUGUCAGAUUUCUGCAUCCUACACUCACGCUUCUCUCUUUCUCGAAGCUCACGCUAACCCGACCGCACGUUGAGUUCAUAGGAAAGUCUUUUGAAUGACUCAUUAAUAUCAACUUUCUGUGCCUUUAUGCGUCUCAGAUGGAGUUUGCCUGCAGUCAUGUUGUGUGUAAUUGGAGGCCUGGUGGAGCAGCAGCCACAGGUGUUUCUCUUGUCAAGCAGCAGUGUGACAACAGAGUGGCCGUUAAACAACAAGAAGGUCCAGUUCCUCCACCGCUGCCUCCUCGUCGCUUCCGAAAACCUCGGCCCACAUCUCUGCCUCUCCCCCCUCUUCCCUCCUCCCUGCCUCCGGUCGCGCCUCGUUCCCUCCCUCCUCCCCUCCCUCCUCCCAUCCCACCCAGAGCGGACAAGGACAGAGGACGCCGGCUGAAAGCCAACGUCAACGUCAUCUCAAUAAACAUUGGGAAACUGGUCGACAUCGGCCAAGCCUCAGGCCUGCAGAGUUUCCAAAGCCCAGUGAUUUGUGGGAAAUGUAGUGCUGCCUUGUCAUGUCUGAGCUCCAUACAGAGGAACGUUUGGAUGUGCGAGUUCUGCGGAUGCGAAAACGCCGUAAAGGACAGCGUGAAGAGAGAGUGUGUCAGCCAGCGCGCAGGCGUACACAGCAACGACCUUUACCUGCCCAAUCAGAGCGACGACGACUACCAGAACUUGGAGGACACACUGGUGGUCUUCUGUGUGGACAUUUCUGGCAGUAUGAGUGUCACUGCAGAGGUGACAUCAAGCAGUGGCUCUCCAGUUUACAUAUCCAGAUUAGAGGGUAUCCAGGACGCCCUCCAGAGGGCGCUGUCAUCCCUGCUGCAGCAGUCCCCCCACAGGAGAGUGGCACUGGUCACCUUCAAUGAUGAGGUUGUGAUAUAUGGCGAUGGUACUGGUACUCCUCUCACUCUCAGGGACUGGGCGUUGGUUGACUAUGACCAUAUAUGGCAGAAGGGUGUGGCUUAUAGCAUCCCACACUGUAUUGCUGAGACGUACGACCAACUAGUACAGAGGGUCAAAGACCUCAGGGAACAUGGCGCUACGUGUCUCGGUCCUGCAGCGUUAGCCUCGGUAGCGAUGGCGUCGAGGUACCGUGGGUCAAAGGUGAUUUUGUGUACCGACGGCAGGGCCAACAUUGGACUGGGUGAGAUGGAGCAAACUCCCUCUCUGUCCUCCUCUCCACUCACUCCAUAUUUCUACAGACAACUGGCUCUUCAGGCUGUGGGGAGUGGAGUCAUAAUAUCAGUAAUGAGUUUUGAAGGGACAGACUGUUGCCUGGCAGACGUUGGGAGACUCUCAGACACUACUGGAGGAAGGGUGAAUAUUGUAAGCAUCGGUACGGUUGCAACAGAGAUCCAGUCGGCCUCCGUGGACAACAUACUUGCAACCGGACUCACAGCAACCGUGUUUGCUCCUGAUGGAGUGUAUUUUCCCUAUGAGGAUGAAAACAAUCACAAACUGGUAAGAGAAAUAGGGAAUGUGACCAAGGGGCUGGAGAUCACCAUGCAGUUUGCUGUAAAACCAGAAUUCAUGGAAGUUUUCCUUCAGAGGGACACACUUCCAUUCCAACUCCAGCUCAGCUUCAAGACCAGAGACAGAGAAAAAGUCACUCGAGUUAUUACUGAACAGCGACCCAUUACCACCGCCAGUCGUAUUUGGCCCGGUAGCCUCAACAUGGCGGUGCUCGGUGUUCACUGUGCUCAACUCUGUGCCAGUUUAACAAUGGAGGGUCGAGUGCAGGAAGCGCAGAGGCAACUAAAAGCACAGCAAGACCUGCACAAACAAAUCAGUAAGCAGAGGCCUAUCCAAGAGGAAGAGAGUAUCUAUGGCAACUGGAUGGACACCAUGACAACAAUCUGUGAUGACCUCACCACGGAAUCCCAGACUCUCUCUGAUGAAGCAGCCAAGGUAAUGUACCAGAUGAAGAGAGCCCGCAGUGUCAGCAGCAACAACAACACAAGUUAGAUCCAGAAGAAGACAAGGAGGAAGAAGAAUGUUCCCAUGAAUGGAAUGUAAAUAAAUCAGUCAUCCACAUAUAUAUGGAGACUUUAUUUCAUAGUAAGCCAUGUUGGUGUAUAGCUAAAGAAGUUUGUCAGAGAUAUAAAUGACUUAAAGCAAAGAUGAACACAAACAAAUAAGACGGACUGUGCCAGAAAGCAAAUGAAUUUCUCUCAUGAGAAACUAAUCUGUACUAUAUUUAUUUUGUUUUAAUUUGAUUUGAUAAGAAAUAUACUUAAUAAACAAGGAGCAGAUAUGAUUGUUUCAUGUCAAAUAAGAUCAUUAUUGUACUACAUACUCAGUAAAAAUAUGCUCACCUUAAAUAACCCUUCUGUAUAUUUGUUUGUCAAACAUACAUACUGACACACACACUAUCAGGAAUAGUUGGAUAGUCGGGUGUAUCUCUGAAUGCGUCCAUAUCUAACGUUUUGAUGACGUGAUUUGUGGGUUUCAUGGAAUGCUUUUCCUUUGUGUUGUGGUGUGAGUUGUCAUCGACAUGCUUACGUAUUAUGAUUUAUUACAUUUUAGUAUUUAGGAGCAUGCGUGUUAUGUUUCAUGCUCUUUGUUUGUUGGGUGUGUUUUAUUGGCGGAGUCUGAGCCGGCACAGUGACCUAGAAAGAUUACAUUUCAUAAUGUGCAUUUUGGCUGUGGCUGAAGGCUUUAUUAGUAGUUAAUGGCAUUCAGUCAUAUGUCUUGUCAUGCGUGUUUUCUUGAAGGAUGCAAAGGAUGCCCCUAGACCAACUAAUGGUGUGUUCAGAGGACACUCAGAAAGUUGCAAAUUUAGUUUAGCGCCACACAGUUGCUGUUAAAACAGGUUGUUCGGGAGGGACACACUGUUCUACAUGCUUGGAGGUGAAGCUCAGCUCAUUGUGUUACUGUCCAAGCCACAACUUUACUGUUUUGGUUCACUUUCACUGCUCUCAAUGCGUCCUUUGUGCCCAAAGCUUGCAGCUGUUUUCAGAGAAAUUGUUGUAAAAUCCCACUGUACACUACCUGCUCAGCAGCAAACAAC